AUGACUUUCCGCUAUCUCCUGAACGUCAGUUUCGAGGGACCCUGCUCCGACAGCAGCGCCGGGAGUUCCAGCGCGGGCGGUGGCGGGGGUGGCGCGGGUGGCGCGGCCGCCUCGGAGGGCCGGGCGGUGGACGGCGUGCGGGUGACCGCAGGCGGUGGCAGCGGCGGCGGCGUGGUGGGCGCGGGCAACGGCGAGGACAACCGGAGCUCCGCUGGGGAGCCGGGAGGCACGGGCGCCGGCGGCGAGGUGAACGGCACGGCGGCAGUCGGGGGGCUGGUGGUGAGUGCGCAGGGCGUGGGCGUGGGCGUCUUCCUGGCCGCCUUCAUCCUCACGGCCGUGGCGGGCAACCUGAUGGUCAUCCUCUCCGUGGCCUGCAACCGCCACCUGCAGACGGUCACAAACUAUUUCAUUGUGAACCUGGCCGUGGCCGACCUGCUACUGAGCACCACGGUGCUCCCCUUCUCAGCCACCAUGGAGGUUCUGGGCUUCUGGGCCUUCGGCCGGGCCUUCUGCGACGUGUGGGCCGCCGUGGAUGUGCUGUGCUGCACGGCCUCCAUCCUCAGCCUCUGCACAAUCUCGGUGGACCGGUACGUGGGCGUGCGCCACUCGCUCAAGUACCCAGCCAUCAUGACCGAGCGCAAGGCGGCCGCCAUCCUGGCGCUGCUCUGGGCCGUAGCCCUCGUGGUGUCUGUGGGGCCACUGCUGGGCUGGAAGGAGCCGGUGCCCCCUGACGAGCGCUUCUGCGGCAUCACGGAGGAGGUGGGAUACGCUGUUUUCUCCUCCCUGUGCUCUUUCUACCUGCCUAUGGCCGUCAUUGUGGUCAUGUACUGCCGCGUGUAUGUGGUAGCGCGGAGCACCACGCGAAGCCUGGAGGCGGGAGUCAAGCGCGAGCGGGGCAAGGCCUCAGAGGUGGUGCUGCGCAUCCACUGUCGGGGCGCAAGCACUGGCUCAGACGGAGCCCACGGUGGAAUGCGCAGCGCCAAGGGCCACACCUUCCGCAGCUCACUGUCGGUGCGUCUGCUCAAGUUCUCCCGUGAGAAGAAGGCGGCCAAGACGCUGGCCAUCGUCGUGGGUGUCUUCGUGCUCUGCUGGUUCCCCUUUUUCUUCGUCCUGCCACUGGGCUCCCUGUUCCCACAGCUGAAGCCCUCAGAGGGCGUCUUCAAGGUUAUCUUCUGGCUGGGCUACUUCAACAGUUGCGUGAACCCGCUCAUCUACCCUUGCUCCAGCCGGGAGUUCAAGCGGGCCUUCCUCCGCCUCCUGCGCUGCCAAUGCCAUCGUAGUCGCCAGCACCACCGCCCCCUCUGGAGCAUCUACGGUCACCACUGGCAAGCCUCGAAUGGCGGCCCGCGCCCUGACUACGCUCCUGGCCCAGGCGCCGCACCCUCCGGGGCCCUGCUGGCCCUUACCGCGCCCUCAGCUCCCAGCUCCCCAGGCACACCCAAGGCACACGCUCCGGUCGUCGGCCGUCGAAAGCCUCCCUGCGCCUUUCGCAAGUGGAGGCUUCUCGGGCCAUUCCGGAGACCCACCACCCAGUUGCAUGCCAAGGUCUCCAGCCUGUCGCAAAAGAAGCACGCCAGAGAGGCUGCGUGCGCCCUGCACUUGGAGGUGGAAGCUGUGUCCUUAGGCGUCCCCAGUGAUGCAGCUGAGGGCACCACCUGCCAGGCCUAUGAAUUGGCAAACUCUAGCCAUCUCCAGGAGACUGAUAUUUAAGGACCCCUGAGUUAGGCCGAGGAGUGUGCUGGGGGUGGGAGAAGUGUGUGGAGAUGGAGGCUGGCUUUGUUCAAGAGGCCGGUGAGAAUCAAGGACCCAAAAAUUGAUCAGGGCGACUGCUCUCCAGAAUCCCUGAGGAACUGAGGUGUGGGUGAAGCCCUUGAAGGGCGGAAAGUUAUGGCUCACCCUCCUGGACACAGAUGCCCCCAGCUCCUCCCUUCAAGGGAGAGACUGAGGGCUCCUUGCUUCCAAUCCCUGUUUGAGAAACACUGCCCCAUCCAUGCCUUGAACCCUGGGUAGAUGGCCCCAAGUAUGGCCAGGCAGCCCUGUCCCUCCUCUUGGGGAGGAAAGGGCACAGAGGCCCUGCCUGGCUGCCCCCAAUACUCGCUCUCCGGAAAAAGUCAGUGGGGCCAAAGCUUCUCAAUGGACACAAUUUAUCCUUACUGCAGACUGGAGGAAUCCAGUGGCCUGCCAUUGCCACCCACAAGCUUUGGUGGCAGAUUGGAUGACUGUCCUACAAGCCUGUUGUAUUAACCUGGGGGCCCACUUUGCCCUACUGAGGCUCCGCCCUGCCCCUCACUUUGUCUCCCCCAGGGCCUUACUGUUUACACUGUAUAUAGCUCCUUGUGCCUGUGCCCAUCACUUCUUGCUGGGCUCUGGAACCAUCAAAUGGGGAUAACUUUGUCAUUUUUAGACAUAUUUAUUGGUCAGAGUACUUCUAUUUUGUCCAAACUGUGCAAACUGUUCAUCUUCAGCUUACAACCCAUAAAGAACUACUUUCUGUUUUUCUAAAAUCCUUCAAGUACUAAAGGCCCACAAGAGGAUAAAUUGGGUCUGUGUUCACCUUUCUAGUUUCAACCUGUCUCUUUAACUGAUGGCUGCUGUCCUUUGGGACUUUCAACAUAACCAAAAGAUUCGGGCAUUUUGUUGGCUUUUAAAACUCACAUGAUUAGUCUUGGGAACAAACAGUAAUUAUAAGCACAAAGUUUCACUUUUUCAGUCUCACCAGAUAUAUCUGUGAUGCUCUGAGGGCCUCAGUCUGGAAGGUGGCCAUCAGUUAAAUGGGUGAAACAU